CUCGAGGUGUAAAGAAUUAAAGAUUAAAAUAUAAAACUAGUCAAGAAGAACUAGAGAGUUAGUUAAAAAUUUGGUACAAAAUUAAAGUCUUUUGGAAAAAUACUGAACGAUAUUAUCUAUCAUACGAGUGAAAAUGACCUCUUAUACUGACAAGGGCCCUAAGCCAAGUGCUGGAACAUUCCUUAGCUUUGAUCAUAUAACAUUUUAUGUGGGAAAUGCCAAACAAGCUGCCAGCUAUUAUACCACCCGAUUAGGAUUUGAGCCAUUAGGAUAUCAAGGAUUAGAAACCGGAAGCCGUAACUAUGCCAAACAUGCUGUUAAACAAAAUAAAAUUACUUUUGUUUUUGUAUCAUCAUAUCUUCCAAAUGAUUCGGAACAUGGCGAGCAUUUAGUUAGACAUGGAGAUGGUGUUAAGGACAUUGCUUUUGAAGUCGAACAACUUGAUGAAAUUGUACAAUAUGCAAAACAAAGAGGUGCUAAAAUUAUCCGUGAUAUUUGGGAGGAAAGUGAUGAAAAUGGAACUGUACGAUUUGCUACUUUACAAACGUACGGUGAUACCCAUCAUACCCUAGUCGAUCGCAAACACUACAGUGGUCCAUUUUUGCCCGGCUACAAGGCAUCUAAACCAGAUCCACUAUUACAUUUACUCCCUCCAAUAAAACUUAACUUUAUCGAUCAUGUUGUUGGAAAUCAACCAGAUCUUCAAAUGGAAGCAGUUGCCAAAUGGUACGAACAAAUGUUACAAUUCCAUCGUUUUUGGUCCGUCGAUGAUUCACAAAUCCAUACAGAAUAUUCAUCGUUACGUUCAAUUGUCAUGAGUAACUAUGAAGAAACUGUUAAAAUACCUAUCAAUGAACCAGCAAAUGGUAAAAAGAAAUCACAAAUUCAGGAAUUUGUUGAUUAUUAUGGUGGAGCUGGUGUCCAACAUAUUGCUUUAAAUACUGAUGAUAUUGUUGGAGCUAUACGUAAUUUGAGGGCACGCGGUAUGGAGUUUUUGUCGGUGCCAAAUAGUUAUUAUGAACUAUUGAAAAAACAACUUCAAAGUAGUAGUACAAAGAUUAAGGAAAAUAUGGAUGUUUUGCAGGAAUUGAAUAUUUUGAUUGAUUAUGAUGAAAAUGGAUAUCUUUUGCAGAUAUUUACGAAAAAUAUGCAAGAUAGACCGACACUUUUUAUUGAAGUUAUUCAGCGACAUAAUCAUAAUGGUUUUGGUGCCGGAAAUUUCAAGGCCUUGUUUUCAGCAAUAGAAAUUGAGCAAGAAAGGAGAGGCAAUUUGUAAGAGGAUCAUCAUUGUUUUUUUUUAUUGAAGUAAAUUUUUGUUUUUAUAGAAAAUUGUAUUAUAAAACAUAAAAGAAACAAAAUAAAUGUAAUGUUUU